UAUGAAAUAUGGAUGACAAUCUAAGAUGGCUGUCAAAAACAAAUUCAAGUUAUUUGCCAUAGUGGGGAUUUCCUUUUCUGUGGUGUCGCUGCUGGGACAUCUUCUCGUCGCAAAUUACUCAGCUGGGGAAAUCAUACAACACAUAGCAACCGCAGAUGGAAUUUACCAGAUUGGUCAGAAGUUUAGACAUAGAAAGCUGUGGGGCUCUGUGCAAUCUUUGGAAGCUCUGCAACCAUGUGCUAAUCCUAGAAACGUUUAUCCAGUACCAAGAGAUCAUAAUGGGUUUUUGUAUGCAAAGAUUUAUGGUGGAUUUGAUCAUGUUAGAUCUUCGAUCUGUGAUCUGGUUGCUGUUUCAAGAAUGUUAAAUGCAACACUCAUCAUUCCCGAGAUUCAAGAAAGUCUACAGUCUAAAGGCAUCAGUUCCAAGUUCAAAAGUUUUUCAUAUGUCUACAAUGAGGAGCAGUUCAUAGCUGCACUGUCAAAUGAUGUAGUUAUAUUGAAGAGCUUACCCGAUAAUCUAAAGCGAGAGAGGAAAAUGAAGAAGUAUCCAACUUUUUCUAUCAGAUACUCUGCUUCUCCUAGCUUUUAUAUUAAUGAAGUAUUGCCUAAAUUGAAACUUUCAAAGGUUGUUGGCUUGUUAAUUGCUGAUGGUGGAUGCCUUGAGUCUAUCCUUCCGAAGGACAUGGGUGAGUAUCAGAGACUUCGAUGCAGAGUUGCUUUUCAUGCUCUACAAUUUCGUCCAGAAAUCCGAGCAGUUGGAAACCUGAUGGUAGCGAGGUUAAGGGCUUCUGGUCGUCCAUAUCUAGCAUUCCAUCCAGGUCUUACAAGAGAUGUCCUUGCGUUUCAUGGUUGUUCUGAGCUUUUUCAGGAUGUUCAUGCUGAAAUCUUACAAUAUAGAAGGAAGCAGAUGAUCAAGCAUGGGAUUAUUCAUGGAAACCUGAGUAUGGAUUCUAUGGCUCAGAAAAGGAAGGGAUUAUGCCCGCUUAUGCCUGAAGAGGUUGGCCUUCUCCUUAGGGCAAUGGGAUAUCCUUCAGACACAGUCAUAUAUUUGGCUGGUGCCGAGACAUUUGGUGGCCAAAGGACUCUCAUACCUUUGCGUGCAAUGUACCCAAAUUUGGUCGACCGCACCUUGCUGUGUAGUAAAAAAGAGUUAUCCAUUCUAUUAGGAUCAGAAUCUCCUAUUCCUUCACAUCUCCCUAAUCCUCCACCACAGAGAACCAAAGAACAACUUAUCAGAGAGUGGAACAGAGCCGGGCCUCGACCAAGACCUCUUCCUCCACCUCCUGCGAGGCCUUUCUAUCAGCACGAGAAGGAAGGCUGGUAUGGUUGGAUUGCAGAAAAUGAAACUGAACCAGAGCCUUCACUAAUGGAUAUGAGGGUGCAGGCGCACAAGAUGAUAUGGAAUGCUAUUGAUUAUUUUGUUUCUGUUGAAGCUGAUGUGUUCUUUCCAGGAUUUCACGACGACGGGAGUGGUUGGCCUGAUUUUUCAAGUCUAGUUAUGGGCCAUCGUUUGUACCAAAUGUCAGCUUCUCGAACAUUUCGACCCGACAGGAAAACUAUUGUCAACCUAUUAGACAAAAUCAAGGACAAGCAGUAUCACCCAAAACAAAACUGGACAAUAUUGGUGCGCCAGCAUCUAAAUGAUAGCCUUGGCAUCAAAGGCUUGAUAUUUGCGGCCGAGAAAUCAAAACCAAAUUCCUUCAUUUCACAUCCCCUGCCAGAAUGCUCCUGCAGAGCAGCAUCAAAGCCAUCAGAAGUACCAAAUCCUGUAAUUGGUUCCGGCGGCCGGAUUCUGUACGGCGACGAGGAAACCUGCCCCGACUGGUUGUCGCGAGGUCUCCAAUUAGUCGUUCCAGAUUCCACCGACAUGAAAGAUGAAAGCGAAGAUCUUCCUGAACUGGAGCCCUAUUUUGGGCAGCAGGAACAAGACUCAGGUGAUGGAAACAGUGGAGAAAUGAGCAGGCACAGCGAACAAGAUGAAGAAAUGGAUCCAGAAGAUUAGAAUGGAAAUGGAACAGAUGUUCUUCGUAUCAUUCAUGAUCUUCUUCUGGGAAAAUUAUUAGGUGCUGACACUGGACUUAGAGAUACGUCCCGACUUCAAUAAAAUUUUGACACAUGGAGUAUUUUUUUUUUACUUUAUAUGUUUAAUGUGUCCGUGGAACUUUAAGUCAAGCUCAUUAAAAGCGCAGGUAAAACACAGUCAAAAUGCAGUAAAAAAGCGCAACUAAAGAGCAGUCAAAGCGUAGGUAAAAUGCAGAUAAAGCGCACAAAAAAAUACAACAAAAAUGCACUCCACGUGUCACAUUUUAAGUGGAUGUUCGGAUGUAUCUUCACGUCUGACAUGUGUACCUUAUAAUUUUUCCUUUUUCUCCGAGUGAAAGUAACGUCCUGAUUCUUUUUUUAUCUACA